UUUUUCCACCCCCUGCCUUCAUUAGUCUGCCUCUGUAAUCAUCACUUCUUGUACUCUAUUAUCUACAAUACUUAUUCAUAGGCUCCUUCCUGAAAUUUUCCCUUCCCUUUUUUCUUCAUUAAUUUUACCGUUUCCCUGGGCCUCUUUACGUUUAUAUAUAAUCUUUUUAUACACAAAACAAAAAUACAUAUAAAUCGAGAAGAGUGUUAUAGGGUGGGUGGUGGAGAUAAGAGGUUUAAAUAAAAAAAACCAUCUUGACACUUUCUCUCCUUUUUAUUCCAUGUUUUGAUUGCAUGGAAUAGGUUUUUAAUAAAGGUUAGAAGAGAUAUAUCUGAAUUUUGUUGCAUAAUUUUUCAGAGAAGCAAUCCAUGGCUAGAUAGCAAGAUGGCGACUCGAAGAAUAACCCAUCAUCAUCAUCAUCUCUUCACGAGAUCUUAAUUUUCUUGCUCUUGCUUUGCCUUGCCUCCCUAUCAAUGAUUCCUUUCUGUUUCUGUUUGUCACUGCCACAUGUUCUUAUUCAGCAAAGCUCCGUAUAGAUUAGUUUAGUUGUGUUGUUAAUAUUUUGUUCUUUCUUCAUCAAAAGGUUCGUUCAAGUUCAAGAUAUAUAUCAAACAAAACAAAAAAAGAUCAAAUUUUGUGAAGUGGGUUUUCUUGUUUUUUCUUUGGAGUUUCCGCUUUUUCCAGUCAGUACUCAUGUUUGCUGCAGCCAUCUCCAAUUCAACUUCUUUAUCUGAAGAAGCUAGUGUUUCUUCCGGCACUAGAAUUCAAGACUUCGGUGGUCGUGGUAGCGGCUUAGUUCCCCCGGUGUCCACUCAGCAGCCGCAGAAGAUCAAGAAAAAGAGAAGCCUCCCUGGAAACCCAGACCCAGAUGCCGAAGUGAUUGCAUUAUCUCCGAAAACUCUAUUGGCUACCAACAGAUUUGUCUGUGAGAUCUGUAACAAAGGGUUUCAAAGAGACCAAAACCUUCAACUUCACAGGAGAGGUCACAAUCUUCCAUGGAAGCUCAAGCAAAGAAACUGCAAAGAAGUAAAAAAAAGAGCCUAUGUUUGUCCUGAGCCUUCUUGUGUUCAUCACCAUCCUUCAAGAGCUUUAGGUGACCUUACAGGAAUCAAGAAACACUAUUGCAGGAAGCAUGGAGAAAAGAAAUGGAAGUGUGAGAAAUGCUCCAAGAUCUAUGCUGUUCAAUCGGAUUGGAAGGCUCAUUCUAAAACCUGUGGGACAAGAGAAUAUAGAUGUGACUGUGGAAUCCUUUUCUCUAGGAAAGAUAGCUUCAUAACCCACAGGGCAUUUUGUGAUGCAUUAGCUGAAGAAAGUGCAAGGAUCUCAGCAAAUCAACUAGCAAAUCAAAACCAUUCAUCUUCUUUCUUUCCUUUCACCACUCACAUUGCCCUAACUCCAUGGGAUCGUCCAUCUCAUCAAAACCCUAACCCUAACAACAACAAUUUUCAAAGUCAAAACUCAGUUCAUCAUAUCAAGAUUGAAUCUCACCAUUUUCAAAUCCCACCUCUCUCUUCCUCGCUGUACUUUCAAGAAGUACAAACACCUAGUAAUCAAAACCACAAAGCCUUGAUAGAUUCGCAAUCACCCUUCCAAAAUCCGCAAGUGAAGACACAGCCAACUCUAACCGGUGCAUCUGCCACAUCUGCUCACCACUUGUCAGCGACGGCACUCCUCCAAAAAGCGGCAACCGUCGGUGCAACUCCUGGUGGACAGCAAGCACAGUCGAUAGGACACAUGACACAACUCAACAUGGGCGAGUUGGCUCAGAUCGAUCAUCAUUCAGUGACCCACAACAACAUUUCUCCUGAGACCUACAUGGGUGGUGGGUUCGCGUCAGGCAACCUUUCCAUGUGGCAGAAGACUGACCGCCUGACUCGGGAUUUUCUUGGACUCACUGGAGACGGCAAUGGCAACGAAAACGUUAACAUUAGCGUGAACAUGAGGGAUGUUUUAACGUACACUACAGGCUUAGAGUACCAGCACCACCACUCUAAUCUCUCACUGUUGAAACCUCAAGGUUUCGGAUUCCUGUCGCCUCACGCCUCCGAAACGUGGGGCGAUUGUUGAAAAAGUAGAUGAAGAUGAAGGCAAAAGCUAUGGCUAAACAAGGCGAAAAAGAAUUCACACGGAAAAGGGUAUAACAGUACUUUUAAGCAUUAUCUUUUUCAUAUAUAUUUCUUCAGUGACAGAACUAGUACAACUCUGUCACAUUCAGCUCUUGUAUGUUUCAAUAUUACAACACUUUUUUUUUUUGGUUUUUCUGGGUUUCAAAUUUCUAAACGCUUAGUUGGUUUCCACAGGGGUUUCUUUUGUUUAAAUUUUUGUCUCUUAUAUCAUCUCCUCUCUUAAAUUUUA